UUGAUUCCGAAUUCUACGAAAAACAAUUGAAUUGUACUAUUGCAGAAGAUGGAGUCGACGCGUUAGAUAAACCAUUCCAUAAGGAAGAUGAAGAAAUUGUUGAAAAACAUCCUGAUUUCGAUCUUGACAUCGCUCAAUUCCUUCUUUACGUAUCUGAUCUCGUGUAUGCCCGUGAUUCAACUCAAGUAUUGACCGCAAAAUUAAAAAUGCAGGUCAUUAAAAAAACUCCUGAAAAAUGUGAUGAAUUAUUGCGAGAAAUCGUUCAUUUAUUAACUGAAAGCGAUAAAGCCAUCCGAACUCAAGCAAAGAAAUGGC